CGGGGCGCGCGCGGAUUGGCCGGCAGCGGCCGGGGAUGCCCCGGGAGCCCGGGCCGGGAGCAGAGGCAGCCCGGCGGGGAUGGAGGCGCCCGGUUGCUGGGCGCUGCUGCUGGCCCUGGGCCUGCUGCGGGGGGCGGCGGCCACCGCCGCGACAGAGGCGCCCACGGCCCAUGUCCUGUCCCGCGUGAUGUUCUGCCAGUCCGACCGCCCCUCGCUGGGCCUGGCCGACACCUUCGACGGGGACCAGCUGUUCUCGUUCGACUUCCCGGGGGGGCACUGGGAGCCCCGGCUGCCCGACUUCCAGCCCUGGCUGAGCACCCAGGAGAGCUGCCCGCGGCCCCCCCUUACCAUCUCCCCUCUCCCCGCAGGCACCCCCAUGGCCAACGUGUUCACAGCCCAGCCCCUGGAGCUGGGAAAACCCAACACCCUGAUCUGCCAGGUGGGCAACCUCUUCCCGGCCUCGGUGACCGUGUCGUGGCAGCGGCAGGGGGAGCUGGUGAGCCAGGGCGUCAACACCACACGGUAUUACCCCACCGAGGACCUGGGCUUCCUGCUCUAUUCCUACCUGGAGUUCACCCCGCAGGACGGGGACAUCUACACCUGCACCAUCACGCGGCCCAGGGACCGCUUCUCCACCGUGGCCUACUGGGUGCCCCAGAACCCCAUCCCGUCGGAGCUGCUGGAGAACGCGCUGUGCGGCCUGGCCAUCGCCCUGGGCAUCUUCUUCAUGGUCACCGGGAUCGUCCUCCUCCUCAAAUCCCGCAGGCCCAGCCCCACAGAGUGAACUCCGAGUGGCUGGAAACGCCCGAAGAACUAUGAGGAGAUGCCCCGUGUCCCCCGAACCCCUCCCUGUUCCAGCCUCCCCAGCCCUUGGGAACUGUGGGAAAGGCAGUUCCUGGACCAGCUGCAGUCAGCAUGGUGCUGAGACCGGACACACUCACUACACACGGGCCACGUCCGUGGGAACCUGGUGCCUCUCCUCCAGGGUACCCCGCUCUGCCCCCUCCAGCAUUCCAGCCGUGCAGCGUGCCUGGGGCAGACUCCGACCCCCGGCCUGUGCCGGGGUCGCCCCACUCCGGAGUAUUGGUGCCUUAUCCAGCCUCCUGCUAAUAAAGGUCUAUUUCCUGGA